CCGGACGUCACUGUUUCUGAGCAGCUUGAGUGUUCUCCUUUACGUCCACGACUCACGACCUCCGACAUGCCUGCGAGCCCUCGUCUAAGCGAUCAUGAACUUGCUGCUAUCAACGCUGCGGCAGUGACGCGUGAAUACAAUGUCAAGCCCCAUCUUGAUUAUCGGACAGUCUCUGCCGUCAACGGACCGUUAGUCGUCUUGGACAAUGUCAAGUUCCCCUCAUACAACGAGAUUGUACAACUGACUCUGCCUGAUGGUACGAAACGUGGCGGUCAAGUUCUUGAAGUGCAGGGGAAGAAGGCGAUCGUCCAGGUCUUCGAGGGCACAUCGGGCGUCGAUGUGCGGGCCACCCAUGUUGAGUUCACCGGCAGCAGCAUGAAGCUACCCGUCGCGGAAGACAUGCUUGGACGUAUCUUCAACGGCUCAGGCCAGCCCAUAGACAACGGCCCUAAGGUUUUUGCAGAAGAUUACUUGGACAUUAAUGGCUCUCCCAUCAACCCCUACUCUCGUAUAUACCCCGAGGAAAUGAUCCAGACCGGUAUCUCCACCAUUGAUGUGAUGAACUCCAUCGCGCGAGGACAGAAGAUUCCUAUCUUCUCCGCUGCGGGUCUGCCACACAACGAGAUCGCUGCUCAAAUUGUACGGCAGGCCGGCUUGGUCAAGGGCCCGACAAAAGACGUUCACGAUGGCCAUGAAGACAACUUCUCAGUAGUAUUUGCCGCUAUGGGUGUGAACAUGGAAACUGCGCGCUUCUUCAGGCAAGACUUCCAGGAAAAUGGCAGUCUAGACCGUGUCACCCUCUUCUUCAACCUCGCUAACGACCCCACGAUUGAGCGUAUCAUCACCCCGCGUCUCGCCCUUACAACAGCCGAGUACUAUGCUUACCAGCUCGAGAAACACGUUUUGGUCAUCCUCACGGACAUGUCAUCGUACGCAGACGCUCUCCGUGAGGUAUCUGCCGCACGAGAGGAGGUUCCUGGUCGUCGUGGAUACCCUGGUUACAUGUACACCGACUUGUCCACAAUCUACGAACGUGCAGGUCGCGUGGAGGGUCGUAAUGGCUCGAUCACUCAGAUCCCUAUUCUGACAAUGCCUAAUGACGACAUCACGCACCCAAUUCCCGAUCUCACCGGGUACAUCACGGAGGGCCAGAUCUAUGUCGACCGCCAGUUGCACAACAGGCAAAUAUACCCCCCGAUCAAUGUCUUGCCCUCCCUGUCGCGUCUCAUGAAGAGCGCCAUCGGUGAGAAAUUGACCCGCAAGGACCACGGUGAUGUUUCCAACCAGCUGUACGCGAAGUACGCAAUUGGACGUGACGCUGCAGCAAUGAAGGCAGUUGUUGGUGAAGAGGCACUAUCACCAGAGGACAAGCUCGCGCUGGAGUUCCUCGACAAGUUCGAAAAGCAGUUCGUCGGCCAGGGCGCGUACGAGAGCAGGUCCAUCUUUGAUUCACUCGACCUUGCGUGGUCGUUGCUGCGCAUCUUCCCUAAGGAGCAGCUCAACCGUAUCAGCCCGAAGAUCAUAUCUGAGUUCUACGCCCGCAAGAGUCGCAAGGCCACCGAGGACGUCAAGGCUCCUGCGCAGGACAAGCUCGUUGAUGACGCGUAAGCAUGAGCUUCGCGUUCGAUGGCAAGACUCUAUUUUCAGCGUUCCCUCGCCGGUGGGCCAUGAAGAUACAUGCGUUCGUCGUCGAAGUCCAUGAGCCUGAGGUGGAGAAGCACGCGCCGAUGACACGAACAUUGCUCUUGCCAACAAUAAUUGUACAUAUCACCUUCAGCACGAUGUCGAUUGUUUGAUCUC